AACAUCACCCUCCACUCCUGACACCAUGGCCCACACCUGUCAGCCAUGCUGCUGCAAGACCACCAGCUGCAGGACCACCAAUAACUCUGAAUCCAGCUCUGAAUCCAGCUGCCCUGUGUUCAUCUGCUGCACCCCAAGUUGUUGCAGCACCCCCUGUUGCUGCAAGUCUAUCUGCUGCCACAGCACCAAGAGUGUCAACAGCUGCUCCCAGCUGUGCUGCCCAUCAACCUGCCCUGACACUACCUGCUGUGACAGCAACUGUUGCAAGCCAGCCUGUGUGACCAUCUGCUGCGUGCCCACCUGCUGCCAGCCUAGCUUCUUCCAGCUCUGCUGCCAACCAACUUGCUGUGAAACCAGCUGCUGCAAGACCACCUCUUUCAAACCCACCUGUGUGAUCAUUGGCUGCAGCACACCCUGCUGCCAGCCCUGCUGUGUGUGUCCCCCUGCUGCUGAUGACCAGCUCCCAAAGAAUGCCUGCAAAGCCAUGCUCCAGUGAGGGCUGCCAUGCCCUGUCUGCUCAAAGCCACCUCAUAACUUUUGCUGGCCUUCUUCAUGUUCUCACCAGGGUCCUGACAAACGUACAGUCUGACUUAAGAGAUGAAAUGAUUGGAGGAAGAAUGGAGUCUCCUCAUCUCCACAGAUUAUGAAUUUUGCCCUGUCAUUAUGGUUGCCUGCUGAGAAGGUCUGGCAGCAGUUUCAGCUCUGAGCCUUGCUCUUUCCAUCCCUCACCAAAGAACUUACAACAACACUUCCCUCCAAGAAUAACUUUAUUUAUCCUGAUAUCUUCUCAACUAUAUUUUCAUCUGAGUCACCUCAGAUUUUUAUGUACCUUUUUCUUCUUUCUGCUCACUUAUGAACUGUGUACCUACAAGCAAGUAAUUUUAAUAAACUCUGUGCUAUGAUUC